AUGGUGAACGAUAAGAAGAAGGCAAAAAAAAGGAAAGUAGAGAGAAUACAGACCAAGAAUCUACCUCAGGUCGUCAUGGAGGAUAUACUUUCAAGGCUUCCAGUGAAGUCUCUCCUAAGGUUCAGGUGUGUUUGCAAAGCCUGGUGUGCUCUUAUAAGCGAUCCUUUUUUCGUCAAAAUACACAUCAACCAAUCCCUUGCAAGUAGUAGCAAUCCCAGUCUCCUUUUAACAGGCCUUGUUGAUCUCUACUCUGUUGAAUUAAAUGUCUGCGAACAAGAAGUGGCGAAAAAACUCCAUCUUCCGCUCAAGGCUCUACAGGAUAUCACAGUAUUGGGUUCUUGCAAUGGGUUACUCUGUAUAUCCAUAUCCAAAGACUUUGAGGAUGACAUAAUCCUCUGGAAUCCUUCCACAAGAAGGCAUCAGAAGCUGCUCUUUACGCCUAUAGAGGUUCACGUUCCCUACAAAUUCCGAGUAAAAUUCGGCUUCAGCCGUUUCAUUGGUUACGGAUUCGGUUAUGAACCCACCACUGGCGAUUACAAGCUGGUAAUGUUUGCGCAGGCUUCUUUUGAUGAUGGCUACACUUGGCAUUCCGAGGGGAAGGUCUAUUCGUUAAUCACCAACUCAUGGAAAAGGAUUGGGGACAUGGACUGCUGCCUCACCACAAGACUACCUGGGGUUCUUGCAAAUUCUGCUCUUCAUUGGAUUGCAGAUCGCGUGAAGGGACCUUUUACCCCACCCAGUAUAAUAGUUUCCUUUGACUUAAAAAAUGAGGAGUUUGGAGAGGUGCCACUGCCUGAGUUCGUGGACAGUAAGUUUCACAUGACUGUUGGGGUUCUUGGAGGGAAACUCUGCAUGGUCUGUAACUUCGAAAGGGUCUGUGUUGAAGUUUGGAUUAUGAAGGAUUAUGGAAUAAGAGACUCUUGGGAGAAGCAGUUCUCAAUCAAACAACCAUCGCGGUUGAGGUCUUUUAUGUCUGUCAGUCCUAUAUGUUAUUCAAAGAAUGGUGAAAUUGUACUCGCGAAGGCUUCAGGGGAGUUGUUCAUGUAUGAUCCCCGUAGAGGAAGGGUGAGGAAGCUUAGGAUUCGUGGUGAUCUAUAUAAGGAUGAAGCAAAGAUAUGCAUUGGGAGUCUUGUUCCACUCAAUGCCAAAGAUGGAAUUGAACAACCAGACACAAAUAAUCAGAACGGGGAGAGACGCAAAGAGAAAGGUAGGAAGGCUUAUUACCGCUUAUGGGCAAAUGAAGAUUUUGCCCUAAUUAGAUUGCACUGCAGGACAAGACUUUGGGAAGCCAAAGCUAAAUGGAAGCUUAUUAUCACUGUUUUUGGAAAUGGUUUUCUUAACAGAGUCUGUUCUUAA